AUGAUUGAAGAUAGUGGGAAAAGAGGAAAUACCAUGGCAGAAAGAAGACAGCUGUUUGCAGAGAUGAGAGCUCAAGAGCUGGAUCGAAUCCGACUCUCAACCUACAGAACAGCAUGCAAGCUUCGGUUUGUUCAGAAGAAAUGCAAUUUGCACCUGGUGGACAUCUGGAACGUCAUAGAAGCUCUGCGGGAAAAUGCGCUCAACAACCUGGACCCCAACACGGAACUCAGCGUGUCUCGCCUGGAGGCUGUGCUCUCCACCAUUUUUUACCAGCUCAACAAGCGGAUGCCCACCACACACCAGAUCCACGUGGAGCAGUCCAUCGGCCUCCUGCUCAACUUCCUGCUGGCGGCCUUUGACCCGGAAGGCCAUGGCAAAAUUUCAGUAUUUGCUGUCAAAAUGGCUUUAGCCACAUUGUGUGGAGGGAAGAUCAUGGACAAAUUAAGAUAUAUUUUCUCAAUGAUCUCUGACUCCAGCGGGGUGAUGGUUUAUGCACGCUAUGACCAGUUCCUGCGGGAAGUCCUCAAACUGCCCACGGCGGUGUUUGAAGGGCCCUCGUUCGGCUACACGGAGCAGUCAGCCAGGUCCUGCUUCUCUCAGCAGAAAAAGGUCACGUUAAACGGUUUCUUGGAUACGCUCAUGUCAGAUCCUCCCCCGCAGUGUCUGGUCUGGCUGCCCCUUCUGCAUCGACUGGCGAAUGUAGAGAAUGUCUUCCACCCGGUGGAGUGUUCCUUCUGCCACAGCGAGAGCAUGAUGGGAUUCCGCUACCGAUGCCAACAGUGUCACAACUACCAGCUCUGCCAGGACUGCUUCUGGAGGGGACAUGCUGGGGGUUCCCAUAGCAACCAGCACCAAAUGAAAGAGUACACGUCAUGGAAAUCACCAGCUAAGAAGCUAACGAAUGCGUUAAGCAAGUCCCUGAGCUGUGCUUCCAGCCGUGAGCCUUUGCACCCCAUGUUCCCCGACCAGCCAGAGAAGCCACUCAACCUGGCCCACAUCGUGCCACCCAGACCUGUAACCAGCAUGAAUGACACCCUGUUCUCCCACUCUGUCCCCUCCUCAGGAAGUCCUUUCGUCACCAGGAGUAUGCUGGAGAGCUCAAACCGGCUGGAUGAGGAACACAGGCUGAUCGCCAGGUACGCGGCAAGACUGGCAGCAGAGUCCACGUCGUCUCAGCCAGCUCAGCAGAGAGGCGCUCCGGACAUCUCCUUCACCAUCGACGCGAAUAAGCAGCAGAGGCAGCUCAUCGCGGAGCUGGAGAAUAAGAACCGAGAAAUCUUACAGGAGAUCCAGCGGCUGCGGCUGGAGCACGAACAGGCCUCGCAGCCCACCCCAGAGAAGGCGCAGCAAAACCCCACUUUGCUGGCGGAGCUGCGGCUCCUCAGACAGCGCAAGGAUGAACUGGAGCAGAGGAUGUCCGCUCUGCAGGAGAGCCGGCGGGAGCUGAUGGUCCAGUUAGAAGGUCUCAUGAAGCUACUCAAGACCCAGGGGGCAGGCUCUCCUCGCUCCUCCCCCAGCCACACCAUCAGCAGGCCCAUCCCCAUGCCCGUGCGGUCCGCGUCCACCUGCUCCACCCCGGCCCACACGCCUCAGGACUCCCUCACAGGGGUAGGGGGAGACGUGCAGGAGGCGUUUGCACAAAGUUCAAGAAGAAACUUAAGGAAUGACUUGCUAGUGGCCGCGGACUCCAUCACUAACACCAUGUCCUCCCUCGUGAAAGAGCUGAACUCCGAGGUGGGGAGUGAAACGGAGAGUACUGUGGAUUCUGAGUUUGCGAGGACUCAGUUUGAGGACCUGGUCCCAUCGCCAACCUCGGAAAAGGCUUUUCUAGCGCAAAUCCACGCCCGGAAACCCGGGUACAUGCACGGCGGAGCUGCCCCAAGCACCAUGCGCAGCGAUGUGGUCACAGAAGAUGGAGAUCCCUAUGUGCGGCCUGAGGAGGAGCACUACGAGAAUGAGUCGGUCCGGCAGCUGGAGAACGAACUCAAGAUGGAGGAGUACCUGAAGCAGAAGCUGCAGGACGAGGCCUACCAGCUCCGCGUCAGCACUGAGACCAGACUCAAGCACCCCUGUCCUGUAACCGAGACAAAAUGGCGUGUGUUGUUUUGGUUUUUGGUGGUUUUUGGUGGGUUUCUCUCCUUGGUUCUCCAGAUUUACUUCUGGGGCCUGUUCUGA